GUUGUACAUAAAUAUAUAUUAGCGCAAUACUGUAAAUAAAUGUACAUAGCAUAAGUAACUCAGCCUCUACUGACGUGCCGGUCCCAAGCCCGGAUAUGAUGAGGAAGGAAUGCAUUCAAUUUUAAUAUUCAAUAUUAGAUUACUCUUUCCUGACAAUACACUACUUUCGGUAAGGUAGGAGUUGUUAGAUUAUAAUUAUUAUUUUAUGUUGCCAUAUUGGAUCUGCCAUUUGAAAUUUCGAAAUUGUAAUAUCAAAUGCGACUCCAAAAUCUUUAUAUUAGUAUAUAAUUUCACAAUUUCAAACAAAAUUAACUUUAGACGGAAUUUCUGCCACUUUUUCGGGAUUCUGUCCCACUGUGCAGCGCAGUCAUUUCGCUGGUCGCUGCUACUACAAAUGACCCGUGCCAAGUCGUGCUCCACGGAACGUGCCGUAAAAAUGUCAGGAUGCAAGACAGAAAUGAAAAAAGUACAGAAGAAAGAAGAGAAAGAAAAAAAAAGUGAAAGAGACUAUGACAAAGAAUUGGAUAAAGAAAUUGAGGAAGGAAUGAAAGAAAUGGAAAUUCACCAAGAGUAAGAGACAGAUGAGGAAGAGAUUGAAGAGGAGGAAGAGAAAGAAAACAAAAGGAAAAGAGGGGUGGUCGCUUGUUAAAAGAAAGAAAUAUGAUGUAAGUUACAUGCGUUUAUAAUUUUAUUAAUACAUUUUAUUUUAUUUAUAGCCUAUAAAUUUAACAAUAUCGUACUUUUUUUUUAUUUACUGAGGUUACCGGAGGUACUAAUAUAAUAUUUUUUGGCCUAGCAUAUCUUUGGUGUGUUAUAUAUAUAGAUAAUAUAUUAUUUUAUAUAUAUAUAUAUAUAUAUAUACACAUAUAUAUAUAUUUUUUUUGUUUGAUUUAGAUUUGGAAAACCGCGUCAAAAUCAGAGAGGAGGAUGGAGAGGAGGACGGAGAGGAGGGUGGAGAGGAGAGGAGAGAGGAGGUUGGAGAGGAGAGUCGCGAAGAGGUUGGACAAGAGGGUGGCGAGAAGGAUGGAGAGGAGGAUGGCGAGAAGGAUGGAGAGGAGGAUGGAGAGGAGGAAGAGCUCGGUAAAUAUAUUGUUUGAUGUUUAAGUUAAUAAUUUAAAAUUAUGUUGGUUAUCAAAAAAACGGUAAAAAAGGUAAAAGUUAUGAAUUAAAUUAAAUAAACAGUUAAUUUUGAAAAACAUUGUUCACAUUAAAUUAAAC